AUGAGACAAUUCGUGAAGAAGAGCACUAGGAAAGUCAAAGAAAAGAUUAAGAGGCCUGAUCAAGACUCUACCACGCCUCAGGAACAGUCAACGAGCUCUGAACAAACUGGUGAAAUGACUACAGAGCAGCAACAGUCUACGAUCUCCGAGCAAGCUGAUGAAGUGACUACAGAGCAGCAACAGUCUCUGAUCCCUGAACAACCUGUCGGAAUGACUCUGGAAGAGCAGCUCCGAGAAUUACAUGUUCAUCAAAAUGUGGAACACGUUGACGAGCCUCGUGAUGAAGAUUUGGUGCGAUUUCAGGCACAAUUACCCCGUCCGGACCCGUUCAAACCGCCUAUUUCGUCAUUCUUCCGAAAUGAAUCAUACAUAUUUGAUGCAAAGAACUGCGAGACUGAAUCUGGAACUCUAGCUGAGGAGACCUUUCAAUACUUUUACUGUAGAGAAAAACACCAAUUCCAGGGCAAAGUAGAGCACGAAAGUACUCUGGGGAAAGAAAAUGAUUUCGCAUAUGUCUUAUGGCCUGUCUCUAUCAUGCUUCAUGCAGCUGCCGACUGUCUUUCGCAUUCGAGAAUAAAUCAAGUUGAAAAAGUACAGCAAGAAUACUGGAACAAGGACUACCAUGCAUUUCUCGAGUUUUUACUUCAAGCCAAGGACGUUCUGGAGUGUUUUAUUAUGCCAUUUGCGGAGAAAGAAUCAGGUGGCAUCGCAUGGCAUCUCUCAGACAAGACAGUUCGAGCUGCUUGCUCAAUUGGCCCAGCUGCUGUAUCGGCCUUGAGAAUAAGAGCUUUGCCGUCAACUCAUGUCAUUGAGACUCGCGAUAAAGCUGAAUCUUAUCUUAGGUUUGCCACAAUCUUAUUGACUUGGCUUCAGGAGAACUUGCAAGAUCCAAAAGAUAAACUCAUCUGGGAUCAAUUGAAAAUUAAAGAAGAUGGAUCCACGGAAAUCGAACGUACGAAAUGGUCAUAUAAUAGUGGAUUCGCCAUUCAUGGAUUUACACUAUUGUACGAAGCUACCAACGAUCUUAGAUAUCUGUCAACGGCAAUAGAAAUCGCGGAAGCAGCAAUGAAUCCCGAGGGCGCACUUUUCGAUCACUGUAAUCCAAAUCUAUCUCAAAGAAUGCUUUCAGACGGAUCCUUUUUCUUACAUCAUCUUGUGGAUGGAUAUCUUGCUCUUUCAAAGCAUGCACACACAAAGAAACUUAGAAAUGAAAUUGUUCGUAUCGCUAAAUGGGGAAAGGAGUUUAUGAGGGAUAGGGAGGAUUCGUUGUACUAUCGCGGUAGCCGCCCCUACACGAUUUCCCCUAAGCAUGCACGCCAGUUCUACAAGAAAUUUGGUGUCGGAAAAACUGGAGAACAAAAUAUGCAAGAAAGGGACAAAGAGGGAAAUCUGUGCAAGACUAUGAUUGGGUGCGCAAGCUGGGCAAGGAUAAUCCAUGCUGCGGAAAUCGUUGAAGCAAGCAUCGCUAAGGACUCUGAAGAUGAGAAAGUUAACGAGGGUAUGAGGUAG